AUGAAAAGCGAACGUGUCUUUCUAGAGGAAGAACUCGGCGCGUUCGAACUUCUCUGUCAAGGUCCAGGGGGCGCAUGGCAAGCGGCUCGCGACUCUCUGAGGCUUUGCUUCCCAAAAGCCAACUGCGACGAGUCUCGGCUUCCCUCAAAAAUCGACCCCAAGAAGUGCCGCACACUCCAAGUGGAAGCGACCAGGCAAGUUGCGAAAUGUUUCCUUCCUUCCCUCUCUUCUCCGCCUUGCCUUCUCCUUUGA